AUGCCGCCCUACGCGAAUAUCAGCUCCCACCGCGACUCCCUCGAGCUCGCCUCCCUCGCCUCCUCCUCCCGCGCCGAAUCCGUCGUCUCAGACCUCCCCUCCUCGCGGCCCUCAAUCUCCUCCUCCCGCAAGCUCUCCUUCGAGGCCGAAGACCCCCUCGACGCCGCGAACCCGGCCGCCAGCUCAGGCCGCCCCAACCGCCACGACCGCUCCUACUCCGUCUCCUCCGGCUUCGACUUCGCAGCGAACCUCUUCCCCCUGAGCUCCACAGCCGGCGCCGGCCCGGGCGGCUACGCCCCGAUCGGCGCCCCGACAUCCACCGCGAUACAGAACGGCGGCCUCGGCGGCGGCAGUCUCGAGAAGCACAAGACCCUGACCUACCUGAACGGCCUGAGCCUCAUCGUCGGCCUCAUCAUCGGGAGCGGCAUCUUCUCGAGCCCAAGCCAGGUGAGCUCCAAGGUCGGCUCGCCUGGCGCCGCCCUCGUCGUCUGGGUCAUCGCCGGCGUGCUGGCCUGGACCGGCGCCGCGAGCUACGCGGAGCUGGGCGGUGCGAUUCCGCUCAACGGUGGUGCGCAGGUCUAUCUCGCGAAAAUCCUGGGCGAGAUGGCCGGGUUCCUGUUUACGUGGGUUGCCGUGCUGGUCUUGAAGCCCGGUAGCGCCGCCAUCAUCGCCAUCAUCAUGGGAGAGUACCUCGUGAGGGCGGCCAUUGGCGCCGAGGCCGAGAGCCUGAGCCCGUGGAUCAACAAGGCGGUGGCCAUGGUGGGUUUGAUUCUGGUCACGGUCAUGAACUGCGUGUCGACGAAGCUGGGCACCAAGGUGAACGACUGGCUCAUGUUCUUGAAGUUCGUCGCCCUGCUAGGCGUCACCGUCAUCGGCAUCGUCGUCGCCAUCACGGGGAAGACGGUCACGGGCAAGGCAAACCUGGAGUGGAAGACGCACGAUUGGUUCUCCGGCACGUCGACGGACCUGUCGAACUGGGCCGUAGCUCUGUAUGCCGGCCUGUGGGCAUACGACGGCUGGGACAACACAAAUUACGUCGUCGGCGAGUUCCGCAACCCGAGCCGCGACCUCCCCCGCGUAAUCCACACCGCGAUGCCCCUCGUCAUCCUCUCCUACGUCCUCGCCAACAUCUCCUACUUCCUCGUCCUGCCCCUCGCCACCGUCAACGCCUCCAACACGAUCGCCGUCCAGUUCGGCGCAAAGGUCUUCGGCCCCGUCGGCUCCCUCGUCCUGGCCCUCAUCGUCUCGGCGUCCUGCUUCGGCGCCCUCAACUCCUCCACCUUCACCUCCUCCCGCCUGGUCUACGUCGCCGGGAAGGAGGGCUACAUCCCCUCCAUGUUCGGCCGCAUCGGCCUCUCCCCCUCCGACUCGGCCUCCCACCACUCGGUCCAGACCUCGCGCACCUCCCGCGGCCGCGUCGCCAACGCCCUCAUCCGCGCCCUCGGCGACGACGACAUGGGCCUCUUCUACACCCCCGUCUGGGCCCUCGUCCUCAACGGCCUCCUCACCGCCGCCUACAUCGUCGUCGGCGAGUUCGGCACCCUCCUCACCUUCUACGGCGUCGCCGGCUACACCUUCUACUUCGUCACCGUCCUCGGCCUCAUCAUCCUCCGCGUCCGCGAGCCCCAGCUCGACAGGCCCUACCGCACCUGGAUCACCACCCCCAUCAUCUUCUGCUGCGUCUCCCUCUUCCUCCUCAGCCGCGCCGUCUUCGCCCAGCCCCUCCAGACCGUCACCGUCGUCCUCUUCGUCGUCGCCGGCGUCCCCGUCUACUUCUGGCGCAUCCGCGGCCGCGACCAGCAGGUCAUCAAGCGCGAGACCAGACACCCCGGCGGUCACGACGAGAGGCCAUGGUGGCAGUUUUGGAAACGGUCAUGA